AUGAUGGAUAGCAGGAUACCAGAGCUCCUGAGUCAAAAAUAAUAGUAUGAAUCACAUUAAGAUAGAUUAAGAAUCGAUAUUUGUGAUGCAUUUGGAUACUUCGUAGUGUUAGUAGUUAUCGAAGUUAAUGGCAGGCAUUUCUAGAAUACGCUAUGUCAUUUUAGUGAAGAUAUUAAGGAAAUCGUUAAAGAAUUCCUCUACUUCUGGUUUAAUUUAGUGAAUACUCUUUUGUUCUAGAAUAAUUCUAACUCUACGCAAAAGAUGGUCAAUUCUCUUGAAAGUUUCAUUAAUAAUUUGGUAGAUCAUUUAAAGUUCAUCCUUAGAAAAUCUGUUGGUCUUAUAAGAAGUUAAAAGGAAUUCCUCUAUAGACAUGACUUAGUAAUCAAUGUGUUUAGCUGA